UUGCGCAUUCAUUGCCACGGCCGCGUGCCCAAUAACUCGUAUUGGAAGUUGGGAGUCUACCAGUCAGUCGACUUCGCAUCGUCGAGUAAACCACGCGUUAUUAGCACCUCCGAACCAAACGACUAUGAUAACAUAAUCAAACCUGUUAAAUUGAUUAGUGAGCGAACUGUGACGACACCGAAUAUUUAGUUUUAUUUGUACGACACCACCGAAAUAGAUCAAGAUGAAGUAUUCGAUUGCAUUUAUUGGAAUAAUAUUGUGCAUAACUGCAGUUAGUUGCAGACACUAUAACGCACAAGAAAACUCAGGCGAUACAUCAGAUGAAACGGAGCACAUUACAAAAGCGAGGGAAUUCGCUGCGAAUCAAAUGAGGCAUCGUCGAAAACGCUGGCAAUCCAAUUAUGGCUAUGAUUACGCACCACCCCCACCAUACAACUUACCAUAUUAUCCCGAUAGGCGGGAUUACGAUAGAAAUCAAGACCUCAUGCCACAAAUUCUUAGAUUGUUAGAUGAAAUUUCAAAUUACAUUAAGAGACCACCUCCACCGCCGCCUCAGCCAAUUUAUGUACCUUACCCAGUACCAUAUCCAGUACCGCAAUUGUGUUCAUGUGCUGCUCCUUCAAAUGGAUCAAAUAACCCAAAUGUUAACAAUAGAUUAAGGCCUCCAUUGGAGGAUUCUAAUCAGAAUUGGGGACUCGUGGAGUCCAAUGAUGAGUCUGAUUAUGAAGAUGGUGGAGAUGGAUCACGACCUAUUUCUUUCGACCCUAUAAAACCUAAAUAUCCAUUGCAAAGACCAGCACCCAAAGUAGAGCAUGGAUCCACACAAGGAGAUAGAGACCUAAGUACCCAGGCCUCAACUGUAUCUGGAUCAUCAUCUCCAAAAGCAGCGAAUACAUGUAAUGUUGCUGUACUCUCCUGCUGUAGUGGAAAACAACAAAGGGCAUGUUUCACCAAAUUCGGAUGUGGAAUGACGUACGCAAGAGGAAACGCUUGUUCCUCGGAUUCUAUAGCAGCAGCCCUUGAUUCCUUUAAGGUUGCAUAUGCUCCAACAUUUUGAGCCAAUUUUGGGGUAUCAGCAGAGCCCCACAUAGUCAUUGUCAGUAUUCUAUCGGCUGUUCUUUGUUUUUCUUCUCGAUUAUUUUUUGCCUAGAUUGUAAAGAUAUUUUUAAUAUUGCAUUAAAUUCACACCGACGGUUUCGUACCCUUGGUAUGAAUUUAGUUUCAUAUAAAUCGAUGUGAGAUUCUUAAAGUGUCUUGGCAAAUAAGUGCAAAGAAAGCUACAAAGCGGAAGAAGGGGACAUCGCUCUCAGUGAUGCUUAGGGGACCUAGAUUUCUGAACUUUCCCACGGAAAAAAAAUCUAAUGCAGUUUUCACGUAAGAUUUGAGACUCCGAUCAAAAGAGUUUGUUUCAAUAGUUACACAACUGAUGUGUAUCAUAAUAAGUCAGUUUGCGGUCAGCACACAGGCUGCAAUGACCCGGAUAGCCAAAAGGGUUUAAA